AUGUUCAAAAUCACGACAGCAUCAACGAGCAGUGCAGUCAGAACCGGAAUGCUCAGCUUACCCAAUCGGCAGGCCAUCAAGACACCCCAUUACCUGGCUGUGGCAUCCCGUGGAGCUGUACCGCACUUGACUCAGGACAAUGUGACCAAGCACACAAGUAUCUGCGGUGCCUACAUGGCAGUAGAGGAUUUCGUAGAAAAAGGUACCCCAAUUCUCAAGUACAACCCACCGGAUGGAUCCUCAAGACUGCGUGCAUACACUGCAACCCCAGACGAUCAUGUUCUGGUUCUUGGAGCUCGCCGUUCGCCACCUGUGCCUUCGCCAGGAGCAAGCACCGAUAGUCAGAUGAGCAUCAUGACUGCCUUUGGUUUCACCAAGCUCCAAGACUCGACUUUCAGAAGCCUGACAACUUCGCUUAACCCGGAUAUCAUUGUCGGUCUCGGAGAUAUCCCGUAUGGAUAUUACAAAGUCAGCUACAAGAAAAUCGACAAAAUCACAAAUCGGACUGCAAAAUGGAUGCAAGCGCACGUGGAUGAACGAACCAAGACAAAGAAAGAGCAAGGAGCAGUACUGCCGCUGCUGUAUGCACCACUGUUGCCCAUCUCGGCCGACUCGCAGAGGUAUUACAUUGACCAUCUCGAAGACAUGGCGCAAGAUAUACAAGGACUGGCUCUUUACAAUACAAUCACUCUAGAGGAUCUGCCCGAACAGCUGAUGGCCCUCCCACGCCUCGGUCUGACCGAACCCAACAAUCCUCGUGCAGUACUGCAAGACGUUUCCCAGGGCAUAGAUGUCUUGACUCUGCCUUUCCUAAGCGCCAUCACAGACGCUGGCGUGGCGUUGGACUUCCGUUUCCCUGUCUCUGGCCCCAUACCAGAGAAGCCUUCGCCGCUAGGCGUGGAUAUGUGGGAUACAAAGCACGCGACAGAUGUUUCACCGUUGCGCAAAGAUUGCCCUUGCUACGCAUGCACGAAUCACCACCGCGCAUUUCUGCAGCAUCUUUUGUCGGCAAAAGAAAUGCUGGCCUGGGUGUUGUUGCAAAUCCACAAUCACCAGAUCAUGGAUGAGUUUUUUGCUGGCAUACGCGAGAGCAUCGGCCGUGGCACCUUGGAUCAGGAUAUUGCGGACUUUGAGCGAUUCUACGAGCCAGAGCUGCCAGAAUCUAAUGGCCGCGGCCCUAGACUACGAGGCUAUCAAUUCAAGUCCGAGGGCCCUAAUGAGCGCAAGAGAAACUCGGCGCCGUUCACAGUAUACAAAGCGAAUCCGGACAAGGUUGCACAAAAGGGCUCGGUGCCUGUUCCCGGGCCCGAUGCAGUCGCUGAGGACCUCGAAAAGGUUGGCUUCGCCGAGAAGGUAGAUUAG